GUCGGUCCACGGUACAACCGCUUUACGCAAAGACCUGGCCUCCCGCUCCCCACCGGCCACCACUACGGCUCGGCUUCGUGGCAGUACAGCAGGGGUCAGAUCCGGCCGACACUUCGUCGCCAAGCUCGCCAUCCCCUCUUCCUUCCUUCCUUGCCCGGCAACGUCGAGGCCGCCUGCAAGUUCCCGCCCCGGCCUCAACCGGAUCUGCGCUCAGCAUGGAUAGGGAAGCCAAGAAAGAAGCGUUCAGGAAGUAUCUUGAGUCCAGUGGUGUGCUCGAUACCCUCACGAAAGUUCUUGUUGCGUUGUAUGAGGAGAAUGAUAAGCCUUCGUCUGCGGUUGAGUUUGUUCAGCAGAAGCUGGGCGGCCCAUCAAUUUCUGACUAUGAGAAGCUCAAGGCAGAGAAGUUGGAUUUGCAAUUGAAGUAUAAUGAGCUUCUAGAUACCCACAAGGAUACAUGCAGACAGCUGGAGGAACUUAAGAAUAUGAAGUAUGGUGCACCUUGGAACUGAAACAACGGGUGUUGACAUUGUAAAUUUGUCGUGCAGCAUGUAUCUUUAGGCAAAAAAUCAACAGUUGUCUGGAGCAUUGCUGAGUUGUACAAAAUCAAAUCAUCUCUUGCUGAAUUCAUCUCUACUCAGAUGCAUUCAUGUAUCCCAUUUUGCCCCUAUUGGUUAUGAAAGCACCCAAUCCACUCCCGGUCCCA